AUGGAUUCUUCGUCUCAUCAGCCUUUUUCAGCGGCAAAGACCCCUGUCGUCUCUAAUGAUCUAACAAGCGCAUUCAGCUAUCGGUUCGACGAAGACGGCCAACCAAAGGUCUAUUUCCGUAAGGAGCCCGACCUCACCAGCGAUCCGAAUCAAACAUGGGUGGCAUUCGACACCUGCAAGACCAAAUUCGUUAAUUACACUCCGGAGAAGAUGUCCGACGUCCUCGAGACCACAUCGCCUCAAGAGGAGAAUGACGAUGAAGCCGAUCUCCCAAGCGCAAAGCGGCAGAAGAGACAACCGACAGCCCAAGGCAAAGCUGGAAAGGUCUCCUCGAUGUCGAUUGGAUUCCGCGUGGAUAAGCCAGUGCAAACCAAGCUUUCUGAUCACGAGUGGAUGAUGAUCUUCGAAGAGUGUCAUCCAUCGGUGCUGUUGAUCAUCAGAACCCUGAAUCACCGCUUCCAUAAAUUGCUUGAAGGGAAAACCAUCUGGCGACGGGCUCGAAUAAAACUUCAUGGCAAGGACAUGCCAGACCCACCAGGAGAUAUGACCGAACAGAGAUAUGCACAUCUCCUCUAUGGUCAAGGCUGCGAUUUCCGAAAGUCUAAGUGCGGGAGCACCAUAACCAAGAAGGUAUACUGGCCAUUUUUGUUGCGGAUGUGUGAUGCCUGCUUCCGGCGGAAGACCGAAAAGGACAAAGACAUACGAAAAUCCAUGUUCCUACCGACAGGAGACAACAGCCUCGGCGAUCUGAUACCUGCGGGAAUGACAAGCUCCGGAAAGUAUAUGCGUACUCGUCGUUCUAACGGUGCCUACUGGGAAGAUUCUACGCGGGCAGUGUAUCUCAGAUCAGAUGUAGAAGCGCUCUUGUCUGAGCGUCAAGAUAUGGCCCAAGCCGGUAUCCUCAGCACCGAGUACCUCGACUGGAAGGCCGAGAAGGUUGUACAGGCUCAGGCAUUGAUGGCUCAGUGCACACGUAUUGAAGAUUUUCAGAAGCAAUUUUUAGCAGAUCAACCACGAUACCGGGAGGCUCGUGCAGAUUUUUUUAUUGCUCAGGCUUCCAGUCUCGAACCACCAAUGAGCAAGGAUGUAAUGGAGAAGAUGAUGGCUUUCAAGAUGUCGCUGGAUUCCAAUCAUGAGCCGACAUUAAGAUCCUGGAACGAUCUGAAGAAUAAACUUCUACCCCAUCGUGCGGCCGCCAAAGAACUGCUUGACCGUGUGCAUCAAAAUGAAGAAUUCCGCCGACAUGGCGUAAGGUCAUCAGCCAUUCAAAACUUCAGUCAACUACACACCUUGAGAUCCCGUUCAUCCUCCCCAAAAGUGUUCCAAUCAGAGCAGACUUUCGUGAUCAGCCUCGGCCAAAAGGAACUUAGCGGCUGUAAAGACCGAGCAGUCACAGAUGCUGACCUGGUGUUACUGGUCUUGAAGGGCGUGUUUGACGCAUACCAACGACUGCCGGCAGCGGAAAGACCUCGAGGCACAAACAUCGAUUUAUCGCAAGGAACAUACACAUUGACCCUGGAUGAUGCAAGAAUGAUAGUCCAGGAGGUUAUUGAGCCGGAGGUUCAAAGCUGGAACAAUAGUGUACGCUCGCGUGAGACUCUGCAAAGAUUUAAAUGUUUUGGCUGUGUGCGGAAAGACUGCACCACUCGCUACAAUUUUGAUGGACUUUUUCGGCAUAUUCAUGAAAAGCAUGCAAUACUAGUUGCAGACGGGGAAGACUUCCAUAAGCUAUACCGACCUUUCGAUAAUACACUUCACGAUAUUCAAUUUCCAUGGUACACCGUGGAAUGGCCAAAGAACCUACCGAUUGCUGCUUCCCAUCAGGAAGUCAGCAAAGAGAAGAAGUGGCUGGCUGAUGCGGACGUGGACUAUGUAACAGCGGCACUUCCAGAGACAGUACCUGCAUUCGCCAACCGUGAACCAUUCGACAACCCGAAGAUCAACCCGUUCGACCUUACAGGCAAUCUGGCCUACGCAGCGACCAAACUUCAACCCACAAUUCUGCCCGUCAAUUGCCAAAUGCGGAUAACUCUGCAAUACGCUCUGGACCGUUACACCGUCUCUCCUGACACUCCGAAGCCAACUCUAGCAGACUUCAUCGCGUGCCUCCCAACCCUCCAAACCGCAAACGAAGAAUUCAACCUCUUCUUCUGCUGCGGCGUCUGCAAACACCACCCAGACAUACCCCAAUCCGCCAUCCACACCCGGCCCGACCCGUUAUUCAAACUACAAGAGCACUUCCAAAAGACACACAGCACCACCCACGAGUGGACGACGUCGUUCAUGGACCUCCCCUCUGACACAGAGCUUGCGCGCCACCUGCAGGAGGCAGACGAACAAUUGAGGAAGGAGAAACGUGCCGCGGAGGAGAGGGAGGCGAGUCUGGUCAAGAAUCCGAGGAAGAAGAAGGACCCGAUGGUCAGGGCGGUGUUGCAGAGGCCCGAGGCGGGGAGGGUUUUUGCCGAGCUGUUUCCUAGAGUGGGAGAGUUGACAGGUCACGCAGUCAGGAUAUCACCCGCUUUGCGUCCUGAAGACCCGGAGGCCGGUGCCGCCAUCGAUGGCUUGUUUGCGGGCGUGAUGUUGGACGUUGUAGGUACCCUGUUCACCUUCUUAGCAGGUGCUCCCCUGCACUUUUUGCUUCUUGCUUGGAGAUGGGUUAUUGUCGCUCUCGCUCGCUUCGGCCGAGGUGUCGGAUGGGGCGGUGACGAUGACGCGUUGGCCUUUGCCGGUGGAUGGUGGUGA